AUGUAUCACUACGAUGGAAAUGGAUAAUCUCCUAAUUAUUGCCAACAGGAGAAACUCGUCGCCAAGGUAGUCAGGAAAAAUGCCCAACAAUGUCCUGCCAUCAAGAACCACACAUCUGUGCAUUAUAAGAAUUAAAUUAUAAUUUUUGGGGGGUACGAUUCUAAGAAGAAUCACAACGAUAUUCACAUCUACAGAGAUGGACAAUGGACGAAGUGUAAAGCUAAUGGUAAAAUACCUGAAAGCAGAAAUGGCCAUUCAGCAACUGUAGUUGAGAAUAAGAUGUUUGUGAUCGGAGGGUGGUUAGGAAGUGGAACUUAUGCGAGUGGAGAAGUCUAUGUUCUAGACCUCGAUACUCUGACAUGGACUUUGGUGAAUUCGAUCGGAGAAGUAAUUGCAAUUAUUAAGUAGAUUCCUGGCCCAUGCAAUAUGCAUAGUGCAGAUCUCAUUGGUUAAUUAAUCUACAUCUUCAGGGGUGGAGACGGCAAGGAUUAUCUCAAUGACUUACACAGUUUCAAUGCAAAAACCAAUAUUUGGAAAUUCAUACAAACUCCCGAAAAAGAUAAACCUCCUCCAAGAGCCAAUCAUAGUUCUACCGUUUGGGAAAAUAAACUCUUUAUUUUUGGAGGAUGGGACGGCAAGAAAAGACUAAAUGAUCUCUAUUGUUACGAUACAUCCUCCAAUAAGUGGAGUGAAUUAAAUGCUGCCUACUCACCCAGUGCAAGGGCAGGCAUGUGUAUGACAACUAUGGAUAACAAUAUCUAUUUAUUCGGAGGUAGUGGACCAUAAACAACCUGUUUUGGGGAUCUGUAAUGUUAUGAUCCCAUGAAAAAUCUAUGGACCAUCGUUGAGUUGUAAGACGAAGAACACUUUGAUAAAGCCAGAGCUGGUCACAGCAUGACAGCCAUGGGUAAUCUAAUCUAUAUUUUUGGUGGGUCUUGCGGCACUUAGUAUUUUAAAGACUUCUUUAUCAUUGAUACCAUCACUCCCCCCAAUAUUCAUAUUCUGGAUUUCAAUAACAUUUAAGUGAAUAACUAUUUUAAGUAAUUCUACAAUUCCCCUAAAUACAGUGAUCUCAUCUUUUUAGUCGAGGAUCAGUAAUUUUAUGCACAUAAGCUAUGUAAAUUUCCAUUAUAUUACAGUAUUAUCUAGAUAUUCGAACUUCUCUAAACUUUUCGAAUCUGACUAGCAGAAUGAAGAAUAGAAAAUAUAAAUCAAGGAUACUUCUGCUGCAGUAUUUGAAUAAUUAUUAUUGUAUAUUUACACUGGAGAAGUAAGUAAUCAAACUUAUUAUUAAAUAGCAACCAAGUGAUCAAUUUUCAACCUGCCUACAAUAAGUCAAAUCCUUGUUAUAGACUGCUGAUUACUAUAUGUUAGUAGAUCUGAAAUCCUUAUGUGAGAAGAUUCUUUGCAAUUUCAUUGAUCAAAACUCUGUCUCUCAAUUAAAAUCAUUUGCUGAAUUAUCGAAUGCUACUUAACUAUACAAGUAUUGUGACUGGUACCAAACUCAUCAUCUGUGAG